AACCCAGCAUGUGUGAGUGGACGGGGGCAUUGUGAGACAUGGAGAGCAUACGGCCUGCCACUCCGCUGCGGAGCAUCAUCCUGCUGCUUGCCUUCUGCCAAACGACUCUACAAGGAGGAGUCCCUGGCGCAGGUGUAGGUGGUCAAUAUUAUCCAGCUGGAGGUGCUGGGGCAUAUCCAGGUGGAGGUGCUGGGGCAUAUCCAGGUGGAGGUGCUGGGACAUAUCCAGGAUUUGGAACUGGAGGUGUAGCACCUGGCGGAGUAGGAGGAGCAGGAACAUAUCCUGGCGGGAAGCCCCCUAAACCAGGUGUUGGUGGUAUUGGAGCUGGUGGACAAGUAGCUGGGGGCUACGGUGGUGCUGGUGCUGGCGGCUAUGGUGCUGGGGGCUAUGGAGGUGCUGGUCCUGGAGGAGCUGGCUUUGGAGCUGGUGGUCUAGGAGCAGGGGGCUACGGAGGUGCCGGAGUUGGCGGCCUUGGAGCUGGUGGUAAACCACCCAAACCAGGCUAUGGACCAGGAGCUGGUAUCGGUGGUGUUGGUGGGAUCGGUGGCGUUGGCGGUGUUGGUGGUGUGGGUGGAGUUGGCGGUGUGGGUGGAGUUGGUGGUGUUGGCACCGGACAGCUGCCAGGAGCUGGUGGCAAACCCGACAAAGGACCAGGUGCAGGGAUCCCUGGCUUGUACCCUGGGGGAGUGGUGCAAGGAGGGGGAGUACCUGGUGUAGGACCCGGUGUAUAUCCAGGUGGUGUAAUCCCAGGUGUUGGAGGCGCUGGUGUUGUGCCAGGUGUUGCUACAGGAGCUGGAGUACCAGGAGCUGGUGUACAACCAGGAGCUGGUGGAAAACCAGGGAAAGUGCCAGGUGCUGGACUUCCCGGAGCCUUUCCCGGAGCAGGCGGACCAGGAGCCGGUGGACUCUAUCCAGGAGUUGGUGUUGGAGUUCUCCCUGGAGUGGCCACUGGCAGUGGUGUCAAACAGAAGCCUCAAGCUGGUGGUGCUUGGGCCGGAAUUCCAGGUUUUGGUGGUUUUGGUGGACAACAGCCUGGUGUACCUCUAGGGUAUCCUAUUAAAGCUCCCAAACUGCCAGGAGGAUACGGACUUCCAUACACAUCAGGAGGACCUGGAGGAUAUGGUACUUUGGGUGCUGGUGGUGUAGGAGCUGGCGGCAAAGCCGGAUACCCAACAGGGACUGGGGUCGGCUCUCAGGCAGCCGCAGCCAAAGUCGCAGCUAAAGCAGCAAAAUAUGGUGCAGGCGGAGGUAUCCCCGGUGCUGGUGGUACUCCUGGAGGUGUACCUGGAUUGGUGCCUGGAGGAGGACUAUAUCCUGGCCUGCCAGGCGCAGGAAUACCUCAACAGGGUGUUCAGCCCGGAGGCAAGCCUCCAAAAUAUGGUGUACCUGGAGCUGGUGUUGGAGGUUUGCCAGGAGUAGGCAGUUUGCCGGGGGUUGGCGUAGGAGGUUUACCUGGAGUUGGUGGUGUUCCUGGAGGUGGUAUUGGCGGGUUGGGUGCUAAACUACCUAAAACUGGAGGUGGCUAUGGAGUUGGAGGUCUUCCUACAGGAGUUGGAGCAGGCGGGUAUCCAGGUGGAGUUGGAGCAGGCGUGUAUCCAGGUGGAGUUGGCGGAGUUGGCCCAGGCGGACUACCAAUUGGAGGUGCUGGAGCUAAGCCCCCUAAGACAGGAGAUUAUAGAACUGGCGGUGUGGCAGGAGGAGCUGGAUUGAGGCCUGGUGGUUUCCCCACCGGAGGAGCUGGAGUUGGUGGGGUACCAGGAGGAGUUGGCGGUGUACCAGGUGGAGGACUUUAUCCAGGAGCAGGAGGUGGCAAACCACCCAAACCAGGUUACGGAGGCGGUGCUGGAGGUGGAGUAGGACCUGGUGGAUAUUUACCUGGAGGUGGAGUAGGACCUGGUGGAUAUUUACCCGGUGGUGGAGUUGGAACUGGUGGAUUGAUACCUGGAGCUGGAUUGGGAGGUGGUGGUGUAGGACCUGGAGGUGUGUACCCGGGAGCAGGCGUAGGAGGAAAGCCACCAAAACCUGGUUAUGGAGCUGGACAAGUAGCUGGUGCUGGAGCUGGUGCUGGUGGUUAUGGAGCUGGUGCUGGUGGUUAUGGACCUGGUGCUGGUGGUUAUGGAGCUGGUGCUGGUGGUUAUGGAGCAGGUGUUGGUGCUGGUGGGGUAGGAGCUGGAGGAUAUCCCAGAGGAGCAGCUGGAGGCAAACCACCUAAACCAGGUUAUGGACCCGGAGCAGGAUUAAUAGCUGGAGGUGGCUAUGGACCUGGUGGUGGAUUUGGACCUGGAGGUGGAUUUGGGCCAGGCGCUGGCCUUGGACCAGGUGGUGUAGGAGGCGCAGGUCAAUACCCAGGAGCCGGAGCAGGAGGCAAGCCACCUAAGCCAGGUUAUGGUGCUGGUGUAGUGUCGGGUGGAGCUGGCUAUGGUGCUGGUUAUGGUGCUGGUCCUGGAGCUGGCUAUGGUGCUGGUCCUGGAGCUGGCUAUGGAACAGGCCCUGGAGGAGCUAGCUAUGGAGCGGGUCCCGGAGGAUUAGGAGUUGGAGCUGGAGGCCAAUAUCCAGGAGCAGGGGGCAAGCCACCUAAGCCAGAUUAUGGAGCCAGUAUUGGACAAGGUGCAUUUGGAGUAACGGGAGCUGGUGGACAGUCAGGAUACCCAUUAGGAGCUCAAAAACCAGCCAAAUCCUACUAUAGAGGUGGCGGCCUUUGUGGCCAGGGCAAGUACUGCGGCAGGCGGAGAAAAUAACCAGUCUGAGAGCUACCAGUAACCUCAUCAACUAUGGUGCUACUGCAUGGUGUGAAUGUAAAAGAAUUCAAGUAUCCCUCCUCCCCUACGACCCCCCCCCCCCCCCUCCUGUUUUUUGUUCUUUCCCUAAUCCUUUCCCCAUUCUUCCGUCCUUCUGCCUCUUAAGCAAGGAGUCAGGCAGCUACACUUUAUAAGAUGAGCCUGCAGUCUGACACUAGUAAGGUAGCGGGCACAUGUAUACACACAAGGUGAUGCUGUAUGAAUACGUUCGGAAUGUGUGUAUGUGUACAUGCCAAUAUAACAGAACAUAGUCUAUGAAUUGCACAAGGAGAAAAUAUAUAUAUAUGUAAAAUACAAAGACAUGCCCACAUUUAUUAUCAGGGGCUGGUUGGCAUGCAUAUGGGCCACCGUGAAAUGCCAACUGUCCACUACAGAGGGCGGUGCCACAAACUUUUAUUGAGCAGUGCCUUAUUACACUGUACUUACCAUAGAUGACAACCGUGACACCUGUGAUUGACAGACACACUGCUACUUCCUUAAGGGGAAAUCAAAGUUUUCACAUUGUGGGCAAAUGAGUUUUUAAGCACCGCCUACAAUAACGCAGUGGACAUGUGACGGCUACAGGUGGCUUGGUGCUUGGGCCAGUAAAUAGGAUUUGCCCCCAUUUAAUAGGAAAAAAAUGCAGCCAAUUAGCCCCUGCUUCUUGCUCCUCCCUCUCACACCAUGACCCCAGUAGGUUGUUGUUGUUGUAACUUAUACUUGGAAUAAAGUCCAUUGUUAUGCAAUUGGCCUGCAACUGUACGGAAUAGGUUUUAUUUUUAUUAUGUGUCUUAAUAAAGUGUGUAACUUCCUCCUCGUGGAGGGGGCGAGUGACAGAAUCAUUUUCAAACGCAUCAUCCUCUUUUAGCUACGGAAAUUGAAAAAGAUGUAUUUCGUACAUUUAUUUGCCACAAAAUGUAAUGCAUUGCUGAUUUUUUUGUCUUGUUUUAAUUUUUACUUGUGUGCCAUUCUCUGUAUCAACUCUUUAUUGUUAUAAGGGCUUAUCGAACUGUAAGCCUCUUUGAAGUUAGGGAUAGUGGCAAUGUCAAGAGAGAAGGGGACUGAUAUAUAUGUAAUUAUAAUAUUUUGUUUUAUUAUUUUACAAUUUUCUGCCAAAGACAUUUGUAACAUAUUUAAACAUUCUGGCAUUGAAGAAAUAAAGAGGGAAAAAACUGUGAGAUUCUAGGUAGAGUAUGGUCUCUUGCCCAGUUCUCUCAGGCUAUGCUCCUGCUCUGUCUCUUCCUUCGGUAACCAGAAAGCUGCAGACUCUAGAGUCUCCCACCCCACUGUGUCUGGCUGUGAGGGGUGUGUCUGAUGUGUGAAUGCCUUCGUUUACUGACAGCCCCCUCAUCAUCAUCUUCCUCUCGGUGUAUUCCCUCUUCCUGCCUCUAAUGGGGAAAAAAAUGAAAACUUUUUUUUGUAAAAAUCAUACUGAAAAAAGUUAUUAAAACUAAUUUUGCUUAAAAUAAAGAAUAAAGACAUCUCUUUAAAUGAUA